AUGAAGUCUAAUCAUGACAAGCAUGCCAAGUUCCAAGACGUAGCUGUUGGCGACACUGUAUUGGCACGUGACUAUGUAUCCUGUCACAAGUGGCAAUCUGGUACAGUGGUACAGCAGACCGCACCCCAUUCCAACAGUGUUCAGCAACAAGAUGGUCAGACUUGGAGGCGACACCUCGACGACAUUCUUCUGAACAGUUCAAGUUCAGGAACCACUAAAGCAGAGGAAGCACCCACUGAGGGAGAUCUUCAAGAUUACCCUGGAGAAGCAAACAGCUCCACUCCAGAAGAUUGUGGACCAGAGGAUCCACCCCCUACUGCUACCCCUGCUAGUCCUGAACUACGCCGAUCUAAACGCACCCCAAAACCACCUCAGAGGUUGAUUGAAGAACUUUGA